AUGACGGCAGACCACGCGGUGGAUGGCAAUGCCUUCCUGCCCUCUGGAGGUCUCGACGAAAGCUCCUGCUACUACAAGCCCAUCUUCCCGGGCGGCCCCGGAAAGAACUCCAAAGACACGCCAUUCUCGCUUGACGGCCCUUCCUUUCCGCUGUCGUCGUCAACCCUCCUCAGCCGCCGUAACCAGUCUCACCAACCACCGUCAUCCGCCACCGGCAACGUGGCCUACAGCUCGAUCCCUCCCAUCUCCCGCUUUUCAGACCCUUCGCUCUCCUCAUCGAGUUUCCCUAAGCCUGGAGCCGCCGACGCGGCCCCAACCUUACAGACGCUAGACCACCAUCUGCUUCGUCGUCUGGUGCAGCAGAACGAAAUCAUACGCGAGGCGUGGGAGGCAGAGCGCAAGUACCUCGAUAUCAACAGGCGUCGAGUCGAGCAAGUCUAUCAAGAAGAGAGGCUCAUUAUGGACGAAGUUUGCGAAACGUGGGAGAAAGAGAAGGCCGCGUUACUGCAGGAGAUUGACAACCUGAAAGGCCGUGUUCGGGGGCUGGAACAAGAAAACCUCGCUCUCAAGGCAGGCAGCCCACGAAACUCUUCCCAGAAUCCCGCUUUCCCAGCUCGAGCAAGUCAACAGGAUGGUGCCGUCGAUAACUCAGGGACUAUAUCGCUCUCGAGUCCCAACUAUGGGCCUGGAGUCGGGGUCCACUCUCCCAACCAAAGACCAAAUCAUAGAACCAAGAACUACUCUUGCGAUCCAUUGACUUUACCUCCUGGUCUCGACGGCGCAUCUCGACGGCCUCACUUUGCGUACCCAGGUAGCUCCCGGGCAUCGCCAACUCGAGCUCCCGAGCCUGUUGCGUACCUCUCGCUCGAUCCCCGUAUACAGCCCGAAACCUCCACCAACCGCGACUUUCUACCGACGUCAUCGAGUGACGACAAGGAUAGCAUCCCUGUAAUCGACGUAAGGGAACUGGACCCCAAGCUCGAGGGAAUUCCACUCAAAGCUCCUGCCGUGCAAAGAGCAACGUUUGGGACAAAUGGAUCCAGCAUCACCUCGCCGGCGUCACCUCCCGCCGUCGCAGACGAACAAAUGCACACAGUUGAGCAAGCUUUGGCGCCCGAUCAGAUUCCACGAGACGCUGCGGUUCAAGCGCUGCGGGAUGAAGAAUUAAGACGGUUGACAAUGCAUGCUGGCCAUACGCCCAAUCAUUCGCUCUCUAAGAUGGUUUCGAUGAAUGUGGCGGACAGCGGGGGCGUUCCUGGAUCGGAUGACGAAGGAUCGUCGCCGUCACCUGCCAUCGGAGACUGUUCUCUUCCUCGAACCUUUGGCCAGCGAAAUGCUGGUCACGGGAUCGGUGAAGUGGGUGGCGAAGCAAACGGCAAGGCGCAGGAGAGGCACAAUAACGAAUCGUUGCUCGACCAUCCCGAGGAGCAGCUGGAUGCCGUGGACGAUAUCCGUCUCAAAGGCCCGCUCAUGAUCAAGAAUAUCCCAGCACAGGACGAGAUCUUUCUCGACCAGCUGAAUAAAAGACUCGAAUCGAUUGGCCACGGCGAAGACGCAUUGCCAACCGUCAUGAGCUCACCGCCUCCAGACGACGACGAAGAUCCCGUGUAUUCAGUAUCUGGAAGUCCCGGCCAAAAACAAUGGAAGGCGAACCCGCCAGUUGGCGGUGACGCCUCACAGGAUGUGGUUCCCGAGGCCUCCGGUGCCAACGGCGGCGAAGACGCUUCUGCGACGAAGACUGAUGAGGUGGAAAAAGACGUCCCACUGAAGCUCAAGGGGACCUCGAAUUUUGGAGCGCCGUUUGGCGUAGCAUGA